AGAAACUAUCACCUGGUAGUGGAACAACGAGAAUUUCUUUUUGCUGUCGUGGAAGCUUGCCAAACGUGUGUUUGCCCGUUUUCAUCGGUAGCGAGCGAACGCGCUUGGAGCAUCAUGGACUUAAUUCAGUUGAUGAAGCACAAACGAUUGACGACCGCUAAGACCCGCAUGCUUGCAUUCAUCUACGUCAACCCCAACGCGGUCUCGAGCGAUCCCCCGGAUUGGGUACGGCUUCACUCAUACUCGGAGUGCUCAUAA